AUGGCUCCCCACGCUGAUGUUGCUGCCAAUGGCACCGUGAACGGGUCGGCUUCGGCUCCCAAAUCGGACCUCUUCAAGGUCGAAUCGCCUAACGUUGUCUACACCGACGACGAAAUCAACACCAAAUACGUCUACCGUACUACCUCUGUCACUCGCACCGACGAUGGCAAGUACGUUGCCGUCCCAAAGGAAACCGUCUAUGACUUCAAGGUCGACCGCAAGGUUGGAAAGGUCGGCACCAUGUUGGUCGGCCUCGGUGGCAACAAUGGAACCACCAUCACCGCCGGUAUCAUGGCCAACCGCCGUAACCUCGUCUGGGACACCCGCGAGGGCAAACGUAGUGCCAACUACUAUGGCUCCUUGGUCAUGGGCUCCACCGUCAAGCUCGGAACGGAUCCCAAGACCGCUGAGGAAGUCAACAUUCCCUUCCACGAUUUGCUCCCGAUGGCCCACCCCAACGAUCUCGUCAUCGGCGGCUGGGAUAUUAGCGGAAUGAACCUCGCUGAUGCCAUGGACCGUGCUGCCGUCCUCGAGCCCACCCUCAAGGAGAUGGUCCGCAAGGAUAUGGCUACCAUGAAGCCCUUGCCAAGUGUCUAUUAUCCAGACUUUAUUGCCGCCAACCAGGAGGCCCGUGCCGACAACGUCCUUCCCGGCUCCAAGGCUUGCUGGGAACACGUUGAGCACAUCCGCAAGGACAUCCGUGAAUUCAAGGCUGCAAAUGCUCUUGAUAAGGUGAUUGUUCUCUGGACCGCCAACACCGAGCGCUAUGCAGAUCUUUUGGCUGGCGUCAACGACACGGCCGGCAAUCUCCUCAAGGCUAUCAGGGAGGGCCACGAGGAAGUCUCGCCUUCUACCAUUUUCGCAGUUGCCUCCAUCCUUGAGAAUGCCCCCUUUAUCAAUGGAUCUCCUCAGAACACUUUUGUGCCAGGUGCUAUCCAGCUUGCUGAGCAGCACGGAGCUUUUAUUGGAGGCGACGACUUCAAGUCCGGCCAGACCAAGAUGAAAUCCGCCUUGGUCGACUUCUUGAUCAACGCUGGUAUCAAGCUCACUUCUAUUGCUAGCUACAACCACCUUGGUAACAACGAUGGAAUGAACCUCAGCUCUCACAAGCAAUUCCGCUCCAAGGAGAUCUCCAAAUCCAACGUUGUCGACGAUAUGGUCGCCGCCAACCACGUGCUUUACAAGAAGGGUGAGCACCCCGACCACACCGUUGUCAUCAAGUACAUGCCUGCAGUUGGCGAUAGCAAGAGAGCUCUCGAUGAGUACUAUGCCGAAAUCUUCCUUGGUGGCCACCAGACCAUCAGCAUGUUCAAUGUCUGCGAGGACUCCUUGUUGGCCUCGCCUUUGAUCAUCGAUCUGGUCUUGCUUGCCGAGGUCAUGACUCGUGUUACCUGGAAGGCUGCCGAGGGUGACAAGUACAAGGGCUUCCAUAGUGUUCUCAGCGUUUUGAGCUACAUGCUUAAGGCCCCAAUGACUCCUCCGGGAACCCCUGUUGUGAAUGCAUUGGCUAAGCAGCGUGCUGCCGUUACCAAUAUCUUCCGUGCUUGCGUUGGCCUCCAGCCCGAGUCUGAUAUGACUUUGGAGCACAAGCUAUUUUAA